UGGCCGCUUCCACAUCGAAUUUAUCAAGACCAACCAGCAGUUCUUUUAAUUUUGGGGUUAUUUUUUGGGAAUGGCUUCAAGAUAACGGCAAAUGGCACCCAUAUGACUCCGAUGUUGUUGGCUACAUAGAACAAAAUUAUGGGAAAGCCAAUUCUAUCAGCUUGGGAGUAAUAGAUACUGCCUUGAGUUUGUACAAAAUUGAUUUCUCAACCAACCCGAUGUGCCAAAUCAGAUUAGACACUGGUCGAACAAGAUGUAUCAGAAGAAAAGUUUACCCAAUGACCAAUCCUACCUCACAUCAGAUCGUUUGGAAAUGGGAAGGUGAUUAUCCUGGCUUCUGGAAUACCUAUGAUUUUGAAGUAUCGUCUUUAAUAGAAGAUGUUUAUUGUAGUCAAAGAACUCCAUUUAUAGAUCUGAGCCAGCCUCCACUUCAAAUGCCUUAUUUCAUUGAUUUAAAGAAUUUACAACAAGUUCGUAUCGAGACAAGUAAAUGCCGAAGUAUUAGACGAGAAAAGCUUAAAACGCCCUAUCCUGUUUGUAGUAGCCUUGGUAAUCAGCAGCAUCAGCAGUCAUCACAUGUGAUAUCAAAUAUAAACCAUAGCAGUGGUUUGUCACAUCCGCAAGCUGUAUCAAUCAUAAAUAAUAGUAGCAGUAGUGGCUUAUCACAUCAAGCUAUGUCAAAUUUAAAUAGUAGUAGUAGUGGUUCAUCACAUCCACAUCAAGCAAUGUCAACUUUAAAUAGUGGUAGUAGUGGUUCAUCACAUCCACAUCAAGCUAUGUCAACUUUAAAUAGAGGUGGGAGUGGUUCAUCACAUCCACAUCAAGCUAUGUCAAAUUUAAAUAGUGGUAGUAGUGGUUCAUCACAUCAAGCUAUGACAAAUUUAAAUAGAGGUGGGAGUGGUUCAUCACAUCCACAUCAAGCUAUGUCAACUUUAAAUAAUAGUAGUAGUGGGUCAUCACAUCCACAUCAGGCUAUGUCAAAUUUAAAUAGAGGUGGUAGUGGUUCAUCACAUCCACAUCAAGCUAUGUCAAAUUUAAGUAGCAGCAGUAGUGGUUCAUCACAUCCACAUCAAGCUAUGUCAAAUUUAAGUAGCAGCAGUAGUGGUUCAUCACAUCCACAUCAAGCUAUGUCAAAUUUAAAUAGCAGCAGUAGUGGUUCAUCACAUCCACAUCAAGCUAUGUCAAAUUUAAAUAGCAACAGUGGUGGUUCAUCACAUCCACAUCAAGCUAUGUCAAAUUUAAAAAGCAGUAGUAAUGGUUCAUCACAUUCACAUCAAGCUAUGUCAAAUUUGAAUAGUAAUAUUUGUGGAUCAUCACAUCAAGCUAUGUCAAAUUUAAAUAGUUGUAGUUUGUCACAUCAGAUGAUAUCAAAUGCAUCACAGUCUUUAAAUAGUAAUACUAAUAACAAUAUAUAUGGUAACCAAGGACUGACAAUGAAAUCUACAACACGGAAACGUCCUUUAACACAGUUUGACAGUUCAGACUCAGAUGAUGGCUCAACAUCUAAUGAUAUUGGAAUUAGAAAAUUAAGACAUAAAAAAUCAAAGAAUUCUGCUGUGCCAGUAUCAAUUAAUAUGAACCCUAUGCCAUCUACAAGUACGUUUCAAAGGACUAGUGCACAGCCAUCUUCAAUCCAAUUACAGCAGAAUUUCUAUAGCAGCCAACCUCAACAUAUCCCAGGAAUGAUGACUGCUUCUCCGUUCUUAAACAGUCUGUCAUCAGUAAAUGGUUCAUCCUUAGCUGUAUCAAAUGGACCAUUAACUCGACAACAGCUUAGUUUACUUCAGUAUCCAGGAAGUGUUCAUGUACCUGGGGUAUCUAAUAAUAUGCUUACAGCAGGACCUGUUCAUUCAUCUAACCAAUACCCAAGUGUAUCCAACAAUAUGAUGAAUUUAAAGAGUCAUGGUAGUAAAAUAUCACCAGUUGUGUCAAAUAUAACCAAUGUAUUGACGUCACCUAUUGUACCAGGGGCUUUCUCACAUCAAUCUGUGUCACUACAUGGUAACUUUCAACCGUCUGCUUACAGUCUCCCUACUCCCAGUCCUCAGACGUCAACAUUCUCAGCUAAAGGACAUAUAGUCUUACCUAAACUUAAAAAAUCCAAAGGGAAAUCAGGAGCUGACAUGCCCCAUCAGUAUUUUAAAGCAGUAUUAAAACCUUCUGAUGAUGAGGACUGUUGUAUAUGUUGUGAGAAAUUAAAUUCUGAAUCUGAUUAUGGUAAAAGUAAUCAUGCAGAAGGAGAGGUUGUAUCUCUAUCACUAUGUGCUCAUACGUUUCAUAGACAGUGUCUACGUGCUAUGUAUGAUAGCGGCCCAAAGGAUGGUAGUUUACAGUGUCCAAAUUGUAAAAAAAUACAUGGUUUUAAACAUGGUAUAUGUCCAGCAGGAGAGAUGCAUUUUUGGACGAUACCUGAAUCAUUACCAGGUUAUGAGGGUUGUUGUACGAUAUGUGUUAAAUAUUUUAUACGACCUGGUACGCAGGGACAUGAACAUCCAAAUCCAGGUAGAAAGUUUUCAGCCAGGGGCUUUCCAAGAAUUGGCUAUCUUCCAGAUAAUGAUAAAGGACGAAAGGUUUUACAGUUAUUUACAAUAGCAUGGCAGAGACGUGUGAUGUUUACAAUAGGUUCAUCGUCAACAACAGGGGAAACGGAUACAGUAACCUGGAACGAAAUACAUCAUAAAACCGAAUUUGGUUCCAACGAAAGUGGACAUGGUUAUCCAGAUCCAAAUUAUUUAGACAAUGUUUUAUUAGAACUUGCUAUUCAAGGUGUUACAGAAGAUGAUCUAACUUCUACUGGGAUAUAGUGCUAAUAUAUUUGUAUUUAUUCUACAUAUGUGAAAGAUGGAGGACAAUAAAAAAAAACGAAAGUAGUUAUGAGGAAGUCUGAUUCCAUGAAAAUACUUUUACUUGAUUUUUCAAUCAUAACUUGAUUUUUUUAUCCAUUGAUUUGAAUAGUACAAUAGUUAUUUAUUUUAUAUACAACAGAAACAACAUAAUCCACAUUCAUUGUAUAGAUGAUGGUAGUACACAUUGGAUUCUGGUUAAAAGAGAAAAAGCAAACCACUAUCAUUAUUUUGUUAUGCAAGACACUCGAUUACAUCCUUGACAAACUCACUACAAAUUUUAUAUGUUCAUUUGUCGUAUACACCAUUAAAUACAGUAAUCUCCAUUAUGGCAUUAAUUACAUCAUGUUUAGUGGUAUCCUUGAUGAUACUGCCGAUUUAUAGGAAAUUUACCCCAUACUUUAUUUUUAUACGCCCACGUUUUCAUGUGGACAUAUAAUGCCGUCGCCACUUUCUGUCCGUCUGUUGACACUCUACAGGUCACAAUUUUGAUGAAACUUGCAAUAUAGGGUUUAUAUCCCAAAGAUCUUCCAUCCCUUCAAUAUUGGCAUGUAUCGGAUCAUAACUUCCUGGAUUAUGGCCCAUGAAUGUACGAAAAAUCACAUUUUUAGCUUGUGGACACUCAUGUGGCAAUUUUUAUUUCUGAUGAAAACUUGAAAUAUAUGUCUAUCUCCCAAAGAUCUCGGCUCCUUUCGACAUUGACAUGUAUCGGACCAUAACAUCAUGGAUUAUGGCCCCUGAUUGUGUGAAAAAUCAUGUUUUUAGCUUGUGGACACUCUUUUGCUCGCAAUUUUGAUGAAACUUGAAAUACAGGUUUAUAACCCAAAGAUCUUGGUUCUUUUCAAUAUUUGCGCAUAUCGGAUCAUAACUUCCUAAAUUAUGGCCCUUGAUGGUAUGAAAAAUAAGCUUUUUGGCUUGUGGUCCCUCCAGGGUUCCCUAUUUUUAUCAGUAUUAUGAGUAAUGAGUAAAAAUUUCAUGAAAUUGGACCAAAACUGCCUAACAAAAUGGCCGCCCCUUGUCUGCAAAUAGUGUAAAAUUAUGUUAUAUCAAGGUUUUGGACCCUCUAGGGGCCUAAUUUUUGAUCCGAUUUUGAUAUCCCAAAUAUCUCAGUCCCUUGUGCUAUUUGCGUAUUUCAGACCAUAACUUCCUGGAUUAUGGCCCCUGAUUGUUCGAAAAAUCGCUUUAUUAUUAUUUUUUUUUUUAGCUUGUUCUCUAUCAUCCAUCUCUUGCAAAAUGUGGGCGUAUCUUGUCUGGCAGCAACUGGUUAACAAUUGUUUGAGUACACUGUAGGGUAGAUCAUAUGAGAAAUGAGUCAGUAGAUCUAACCCUAAACUUAGCUAUUUAUUUUUUGAAUACAUAUCUGGAUGAAAAAUAACCUGUAAUUUAUAUAAAUUAGGAUGAUUUUGUGAAUUCUUUAUGGAUUCCUUAGUAUCACAUUUCUUCCUACAAUCAUCCAUUCUUCCAUCGGACUUCAUUGGAAAGGCAAUCAGAAAUAGAAAAGUAAUCAAAUCAGAGAAGAACUUUACUAGCUUCUGGGAAUGAUCAAGUUGACCAGCCCAUGAGUGAUAUUGUGGCUUAACUUAUGUUGCCCAAUGAAAAUUGUUCAAUGUAUAACUUUAGUCUGGAAUCUUAUAAAUGUAUAAGGGGAGACAACUUAUUUAUUUGCUAUUAGGUUAAUGGCAAAGAUAGUAAUUGUAUAAAUGUUAUACAACUACAUAUUGAUCUAUGAAUUUUUUUGUGAUAGUUAUAUUUAAUAAUUUAGUUAUAUUUAAUAAUAAUUUUGUUUAUAUGCAAAGUAGCUAUUAAUUAGUUUUAGGGGUUCUAGUUGCAAGGAUUAGGUUGAAAGCGUUUAUUUUAAAUAAUGUGAUAUAGUUUAAAGUGAAGUAUUGGUAAUGAUGGCAAACCAAUAUAAUAGUUUAUAAAGUAGGCUAUGUGAUAAUAAUAAUAAUGGGUAGAAAAUGUAGGAAUUUUUGAAGUAAUUACAUGUAAAAUCACAGUUGCAGAUAGUCGUGAUCUUAUUUGCAUAAACUUAAUGAAAUUGAAAGCUUAAAAUCACAGGUUUAUCACUUUAUAAAUAAUAUAAUAAUGCAGUAUAUAUCGAGAAUCCCCCUUUUUUCCCUCAAAAUAUCCUUAGACUUUCGCCUAUACAGAAACUUUAUUUGAUUUCUAGUUUGUGAUGACUGAUAUGUUAAAGAUAGCAUUGUGGAUUAUUGUUAUUUGCAUGUUUUUUUUUCUAUAGUUAUAUUAUUGAUGUACAUUUGUAUGCAGAUGUUUUGUAUAUAAUAAAUCCCUAAAGC